UUCUUCAUUGCAGCAUGGCGGGUUCCGGGGGGCUCGCGGAGUGGUCGGAGGGUGCGUCGGUAUGGUUCCAGCCGGCCGGCGCCCCCGCGCCGCUGCCCGGCGAGUUGAUCGAGGUACACCGGGCGGCGCGCGUGCUGCUGGUCAGCGCCGUGGUAAAUGGUCAGCCCCAAACUUUUGCUCUCCAAAUGGGUAAUGGCGAAGAAGAUGGUGACCCAGUAUGGCCUCGAGAGGAGCUCGGACCCACUGGUGUGGAAGACAUGACGCGCCUUCACGAUCUGCAUGAGGCGGCACUGCUAUGGAACCUCAAACUGCGAUAUGAACAAGGCCUCAUAUAUACAUAUGCUGGGUCUAUACUAGUGGCCGUCAAUCCUUAUAGACCUGUAGAUUCAUUGUACGGAUUGAAAACAGCGAGAAGAUACCACGCAGCAGAAGCGUUAGGAGACUUACCACCACAUCUUUUUGCAAUCGCGGCAGCAGCGCGUGCUUCUCUACCUCACCCACAAGCCAUUCUAAUUUCCGGUGAAUCAGGUGCUGGAAAAACAGAGUCUACUAAAUUAGCCGUUCAAUUCCUGGCAGCUGUGGCUCCAGCACCGCCUGGCAGGGCACCUGUCUCUGAGCAAAUUCUUGAAGCGGCGCCUUUGCUUGAAGCUUUUGGCAAUGCGAGAACACCAAAAAAUCAUAAUUCUAGUCGAUUUGGUAAAUUAUUAGAACUUUACUUCAAAGAUGGCGCUUUAGCCGGAGCAAGAGUAGCACAUUAUUUGCUAGAAAAAUCUCGUAUCGUUACGCAGUCGCCUGGAGAACGUAAUUAUCAUGUUUUUUACGAGUUAUUAGCUGGAUUAGACGAGGAGCAACGACGAGCGAGAGGCUUAUUAACAGCCGAACAUUAUUUUUAUUUAAAUCAAGGCGGUGAUUCUGGAGGUGCGGGUGCCGGUGCCGAUUGGUCGGCCCUGUGCGGAGCCAUGCAAGUUCUUGGGAUUGGGGAUUCUGAGAGAGAAGAUAUUAUCAAAGUUUUAGCUGCAGUUCUUCAUUUAGGCAAUGUUUAUUUUCAUAGAAAGCAGUUAAGGCAUGGACAAGAAGGUGUACAAUUAGGUGGAGGUGCAGAAGUGCGUUGGGCGGCGCAUUUACUUAAAGUACCCGCGGAGGAAUUAGCGAGAGCCCUCACAACCAGGGUGACAGCGGCCCGAGCGGAACGCAUGCGAUCUCCUUUACCUAUUGAUCAGGCCUUGGAUGCAAGAGAUGCUUUCGCUAAGGCUCUAUAUUCAUCACUUUUUAGCUGGCUGGUCUUCCGAAUAAAUUCGAUAGUCCAUCGCGCUGGAUUACACGACGCUCAACGAAUAUCUCUCCUCGAUAUCUUCGGAUUCGAAGACUUGGAAGAGAAUUCUUUCGAGCAACUUUGUAUUAAUUUCGCUAACGAAACGCUACAACAUUAUUUUAAUAAACAUAUAUUUAAACUCGAACAGCAAGAAUACCAAAAAGAAAGAUUGGAGUGGUCCAACCUUACGUGGAAUGAUAACUCACCAGUUAUUCAACUGCUCAGCAAGAAACCGGUGGGUAUCUUGCACUUAUUAGACGAUGAAAGUAACUUCCCGAGAGCAUCCGACGCCUCGUUUUUAGAAAAGUGCCAUUAUAAUCAUGCUCUUAAUGAGCUAUAUUCUAGGCCGAGGUUAGGAGCAAAUGAAUUUGGGAUUAAACAUUACGCUGGUCAAGUCUGGUACAAUGUCGAAGGUUUCUUGGAUAAAAACCGAGAUGCUCUUAGAGCGGAUGUCUUAGAACUUCUAUGCAGUAGCGAGGUUCCUUUGGUAGCCGAAAUGUCAUCACAACUCCGCGCUCAACACGAUGCUAACAAGACACUACCGCGAGGAGCUAAUGGACGCUUCGUUACCAUGAAACCUAGAACUCCUACCGUUGCAGCGAGGUUUUCCGACAGCUUGCACCAGCUGUUGGAGUCCAUGUCUCGCUGCAACCCCUGGUUCGUACGCUGCAUCAAACCCAAUACAGACAAAUCGCCAAUGAAGUUCGAUAUGCCAUGUGUACUUGCUCAGUUGAGGUACACCGGUAUGUUGGACACAAUUAAGAUUAGGCAGAUGGGAUAUCCCAUUCGGAUACCCUUCCAAGCCUUUGUGGAAAGAUAUAGAUAUCUACUUAAAGCGAUGCCGGCACGCGCAACGCCAUACAGAGAAAUAUGUAACUCCAUCCUUGCUGAAAUGCCACCGACUGGGGCAGAGGGUGCCGACUUCCAGCUUGGCGCGGCGAGGGUGUUUGUACGCGAAGCAUUGCACCGUGCUCUAGAACGUGCGCGCGCCGACAAGCUGCGGGCUGCGGCCACGCUGCUGCAAGCUCAGAUCAGAGGAUAUCUUGCUAGAAAACGCUACGAUCAAAUGCGCGAGUCGGCGGUUCGCAUCCAGUCGUGGUGGCGGGGCGCGCGCGAGCGGCGGCGCUUCGUGCGCGUGCGGCGCGGCGUGGUGCGCGCGCAGGCGCUGGUGCGCGGCCGCCGGGCGCGUGCGCGGGCAAGGGCCGCGCGCGAGCAGGCGCGCCGCCGCCUGGAGGCCGCGCAGGCCGCCGCCAAACGGCGUGCAGCAGAACAGAAAGCUAAAGCAGAAAACUUACAAGUGUUGGAAGUACCAGCAGAGUUAGCUUUCAUGUUAUCGAAAAUCGACGAAUGGCAGCCGCCGCAUACUGAUAAAAAUAUUACCAAAGUAUCAGGCGACGUAUACGCCGAAGAAGAACGUGUCCAACUUCCAAAAGACCUACAACAAUUCGCGUUCUCUAAAUUUAGCUCCGUGUACUUCGCGGACGGUGGCCAGCUAAGUCCGAAAAAACAUCCCAUUACAAAACCUUUCUUGUCUAAAGCGGCUGUUAGAGAUCAAGAUUUUAAUGACGCUAUAGCUAUUUUCAAACUAAUCUUGCGAUGGUGCGACGAAUCUGCGGCUGGAAACGAUGCUAGACAGAAGGUGCUGGCGGACUACAUCGCGUCGCGCGGGCUGCUGUCGCGCGGGCUGCGCGACGAGAUCCUCGUGCAGCUGUGCAACCAGGCGGCGGCCGGCCCGCGCGUGCUCCGCCUGCUGGCGCACUGCCUCGCCGCCUUCCAGCCCGGGCCCGCGCUGCACAAGUACCUGGUGCGGCUGAUAUCGGAGCAGGCGACGGGUGCGGAGCGCGCGCGCCUGCUGCGGCUGGUGUGCGGCGCGGAGGCGGCGGCGGCGCGCGCCAGCGCCGUGCCGCGCCGCGCGCCGCCCACGCUGCUGGAGUGGCGCGCCGCGCGGGACCACGCGCGCCCCGCGCUGCCGCUGCGUCUGUACGACGAGUCCGUGCACACGGUGUGCGUGGAGCCGUGGACGACGUGCGAGCGCGCGGCGGCGGGCGCGCUGGCGGCGGCCGGCGUGGCGCGCGCCGCCUCCGGCUGGACGCUCACCAUGGAUCACAACGGGCAGCUCACCGAGUGGGCUGGGUGCGAGUACGCGCUGGACGCGGUGGGCGAGGUGGAGACGUGGUCGGCGCUGACGAGUUCCCGCUGCGAGCCGCUGCGCGCGUCCGCCGCGCGCCUGGCGCCGCCCGCGCCGCCGCCGCGCGCCGCGCACGACGAGCGCGGCGCGCGCCCGCAGGUUCCACCGCCCGAACCGCCGAAAUCACGUUCACCCAGCAUCGAACGUAUGCUACAAGACUCAAUAGAGGAAAAUAUAUCGGAGUACAAUUGGAAGAUGGAACGCGAAGAAACGCGCACCUUAACCAAAAUUAGCAACGAAUAUUCCAGAAAGAUAUCCCAUGACAUUCUAUCUCGAGAAUCGGCUCUAAAUGAGCGAUACUUCGAGCAACAGUCUGAUAAAGUACGGAGCAGAUCGCUAGAUAAUCUUUUAGGUGACAACCCUGCACCUCAACCCACUAAGUUUGCCGAUCUGGGGUUGUCUCAGUCUCGUCUAAACGAUCGUUACCACUCUGUAGAGCGGCUUGGAGGAGCGCCCAGUGUGACCAGCAGUAAGGGUAUGGAGACAGAGUACGGGGCGAGUCGCGCUCAACAGUCACGUUACAUCAAAUCACAGUACGCCGGCAAGCGGGCGCCGGCUGGUUCUCAGUCUAGUCGUGCAUAUAUAGAAAAAAGCUCUGAGUUCGGAGGUGUCAGAUCUUCCGCUAUGUCCGACACAUCCGAGGCCCCGAGUUUAGCAUCUCAUGUGCGGCGAGUCCGAGUGCCAAGCCAGGCCUCCGACGUGGACCAGUUUCUCGACGACCUCUUCUCACCGGUACUCGACCCUAACAUUGACGAGCUGUCUGAUGCGCGUUCACUAGCCGCGAGUAUCAAGGGCGGUAAAGACUACCAGAAGUUUAUCGAUGACGUGCUCAACUGUUCUUACUCGGAUCAGAUAGAAACGUUGAACAAAUCCGACUGCAUGACUAAACUCAUAAAGGGUGGUGGACAGAACGAAAGUGGUAACACCAGCAGGAAGGAGUCCAAUGUAGAUUCUAUGGACGAUUAUAUUACGAAUCUUUUCGAUCCUAUAUUUAUGAACGAUAGCUUAAAGAGAUUGACUGACGGUGAGGGACUUUCCGGUGCUAUCAAAGGGGGCGGUGCAACGCCAAGGACAUCUGGUGCAAAUACAUCUACGCUAAGUUUCGGUGCUAUAUCGUUACCACCUUCAAUGCCAGCGAUGCCAGCGACUCCUGAGGCUCUAGCCGCGGCUCUUGGGCUUCAUUUACCUCCUCCAGGAACUGUGGAUAUAAAUGCCUAUCAUCAAAAUUUGCAGCGAGCAUUUCUUCAAAAUGCUAUGGCACAAAAUCUACAAAUACAGCAGCAACUUUUAGCUCAAAAUCAAGCUUUACAAACACUUUUAGCUGGUCAGGUGGUCGAGUCAACUGAUUCCGCACCGACAUCACCCGUGCGGGCGUCGACUGUAGUACACGCUCAAAUACAUUCGCCUCCGAGAAAUUCCGUAAAGUCGAGACGUGAAUCAAAUGAAAGUACUUCGACGGGAGCUCCGCCUCCGCCGCCACCACCUAUGCCCCCUCCACUGCACGCCAUGGAUCCAUCGGAGGCCCGACCCUUCAUGGAUCCAUACGGUCGAGCAAAAACCGUCCGAAUAGGAAAAUGGCGAUGGCCACCGCCCAAGGAUGCAGCCGGACAAGAUACGCCUCAAGAUUUUACAAAGUUUAAAAUGCGACAAAUACAACGAAGAGUAACACCACAAGCGCAAUCUAACGGUGUCGAGCACGAGCCACCUCGCGGACGUUCGCGUUCCGAGGCAUCGCCUGGAAUAGACUGGGAAGAAUUUGAAGUCGACGGUCACACGCCAUCACCGAGAGAGCCACCUAACCAGAGGACAGCGCGACGCAGUUUCGAAAUCGGCGCGCAGAGACCCUCGCCGGGUAGCGUUGGAAAACUUAAAUUAAGCUCCGAAAUGCGCCAGCGAUUGGAACGCGUCACCGCAAAUCACUCUGUCAGGAGCUCAUCGUCAGCGGCGGAAACUCCGCGAACGAUCAACAAACUAGAGGACACGCGGAAACUCAUGCUCGAGCGCCAGCUGGGAGGCGGAGGGCGCUGGGACGCACCGCCGCCGCCGCUGCCGCCCGCGCCUCCCGGCCCCGCGCCCCCGCCACCGCUGUCGCCGCCCUCGCCGCCCGACAAGCCUGCGCCGCCGCCGCCCGCACCCGAUUCUUCCUCGUCCUUUGCGCAACUCCGCCGUGACCGCGACACUUUCGGUGUCCAUCAGAAUCGGGAGGCCGACGACCGCCACGCUUUCCUAGCAAACUGGAGUUCGAGAAGAAAAGAGGACGACGAAUCCAACCAGGGCGAUGAUUUGGCGUCCCGUUUCUUAACUGCGGACCGACGGGAGCGCAGAGUGAAAGACGAGUGGGGAGAGGACUCCGACGUUCGAAGCUACAAUGACGAGAAGGGACGAGUCAGUAGAGACGAGUGGGAUUCCGAGUCGACGUUAGACAAUAGACGCGAUAUGCGCGAUAAUUAUUCUGGACGAGAUGCAUCCGAAAUUUACGAGAUACAUCCGAUGAGAGCCGAGAGGAGAAAAGAUGAUAAUGAAAUGGAGGACAGCUUUGAACGCAAGCGUUCCUCAGCUAUGUACGAUGACUUCGAGCGAUAUGAUGGAAGAAAGAAUUCUCGAGAUAUGCUCGUCGGCCGAAUGAGGGACAGUCCUCGAUCCGAUAUAAUAUUUCCUCCUGACAACAGUGACACGUUGAAGAGGGCUGAGCGCCCGACGUUUAAGACACACAUGGCGCAGAAAGAAAGAGAUAAGAAAUUAGAAGCAGAAAGGCGCCAUUCCGUCUCAACUCAUAUUACGGAUAAAACUGAGCAUAUCGAACGUGACGUCCCAGCACCACCGGCCUUGCUGCCAUCCGACCGCUCCUUCCUCACAUACUCACGCGUCCCGUGGAAAUUGCGCGUGCGCAAGGAAGUGUUCACCCCUUUAGAAACUUACAACGAACCUGCCAUAUUAGACUUGCUCUACGCACAAGUCGUGCACGACAUCACGUCGAGCGCACCGUCGCUACGCAUCAGCGCGAGCGAGCGGCGCGCGGGCGCGGCGUGGCUGCGCGCGCACAGCAGCGCCACGCGCGCCGCCAAGCGGCAGGCCGUGGACAUGGCGCGCGAAUGGCCCUUCUACUUCGCGCGCCUCUUCAGCGCGCGCAUGCCGCCCGGCGAGAACGCCGUGCUGGCCGUGUCCCACAGUGCUGUCACCAUUGGAGUCAAAGGUCCGGGCGGGCUGGUGGUGCGGCGCUCGCUGCCGCUGGGCGCGCUGCGCGCGGCGGCGCCGGCGCCCUCUACGCUGCAGCUGUCGCCCGCACGCGACGCGCCGCUCACGCUGCACGUGCCGCUGGCGCACCACGCGCACGCGCUCAUCGCCGAGUUCGUACUGCAGCACUCACAGAUUCAACCGAAACCGACAACGAAUGGUGUAUCGAACUUGAAGGAAAAAAUUACGGAGCGUGAAACGAGAGAUGCUCGCGAUUCUAGAGAAUCUCGAGAAUCCAGAGAGUCCAGGGAAUCUAGGGAAUCGAGGGAGUCCAGAGAAUCCAGAGAGUCUAGGGAAUCUAGGGAAAUAAGGGAAAAUAGGGAAUCCAGAGAGGAAAUAGAAGCAGAGAUUCGGGACAGGAGAGCGCAGACAUCGUCACCAGUGCUGCGUGAGCGUGAAAGAGAAAGGGAAAGGGAACGAGAUAGGGAUAGAGAGAGGGAAAGAGAGAUGCGAGAGGAGCGGAGAGAGCAGUCAACUCCGCAGCACGAUGGCAGACACCCUCUAUUGCAAUUCGCAGUGGAUCAUUUCCGACAAAGCCCUGAAUUAGAAAUCCUGAAAGCGGACUCAUCACUCAAGAGCAAGGCGAAGCGUAACGAAUGGACGUGGAAGGCGCAGACGGACGUGGUGAAGUGGCAGGCGACGCCGCUGCGCGCGCCGCUGCUGCGCCUGCCCGCCGCGCUGGCGCCGCCCGCGCUCGAGUGCUUCACCUGCGUGCGCGCCUACUGCGGCGACCUGCUGCCCGCCGAGCGCGCCGUGCACCAGGACCUCACCGAGGUCAAGUGCGUCUACACCGUGCUCAUGCACUGUCACUCAGUUCCCGAAUUACGCGACGAGGUAUACUGCCAGUUAAUGAAACAGACCACAUCUAACCGAUCACCUGCACAAGACUCGUGUCAGCGCGCUUGGCGACUCAUGUCCAUUCUCGCCUCGUAUUUCACAUGUUCGGAAACGUUAAGGCCCUUCCUCGUGGAGUAUUUAUCAGCGGCGGCGGCAGACAGGCGAAGACCUUGCCAAGGAACGGCAGCGGUCUGUCUCGCCAACUUCAGGAAGACACUUCGAUGCGGCGGCAGGAAGAAUGUGCCUAGUGUUGAAGAGGUGACGGCAGUGUCAGCAGGUCGUUCGGCGAGACGGCAGCUCUACCGGUUGCCAGGGGGCGCCGAACGAGUUGUAAACACGCGCUGCGCUACCGUCGUCCAGGACAUUGUCAACGAGCUUUGCGAACUGAUCGGCGUGACGAGCGAGGCGGAGCGCGCGGAGUUCUCGCUGUACUGCAUCGUGGCGGGCGACGCGCUCACCAUGCCGCUGGCCGGAGACGAGUACGUGCUGGACGUGACCACGGAGCUGCAGCGCGCGCACCACCCCUUCUACCUCAUCUUCUGCCGCUCCGUGUGGCACCACCCGCUGCGCGCCGACGCGCCGCCGCUCUACACCGAGGUGCUCUUCAACCAGGUUGCCCCAGACUACUUGGAGGGCCUCCUGCUGGUGCUGCCGGGCGGCGGCGCGCCCCCCGCCGGGGCACUGCGCGACGCGGCGCUGGUGGCCGCGCUGCUGCACCGCGCCGCCGGCCUGCCCGACGCGCCGCACCCGAGGGACCUCAAGUUCCUUCUCCCGAAACCUCUUCUCGCCCUAAGAGAACCCCGGCCAGCGAAGUGGGCCUCGUGGGUCUCGGCAGAGUGGCCGACUGUACGGACUAUGACGCCGGCUGCUGCAAAAUCUAAAGUUUUACAAGUGCUGUCCCGCUGGGCGCUGUUCGGCUCGUCGUUCUUCGCGGUGCGGCGCGUGGGCGGCGGCGAGUGGCGCGAGCACGUGCUGGCGCUCAACCGGCGCGGCGUGCACCUGCUGCACCCCGCCACGCACGAGACCGACACGCACUGGCCCUACGCCGAGCUCAUCUCCACCAGGAAGGUGCGGUCCGAGGACGGCACUCUGUUCCUGGACGUGAAGUGCGGCUCGCUGCUGCAGCAGCGCGUGACGCGGCUGCAGGCGGAGCAGGCGCACGAGGUGGCGCGCCUCAUCCGGCAGUACAUCGCGCUGCAGCGGGACGCGCGGGACACGCGCGACAGGCGCGACUCGCGCGACCACGACCACCGGCACUCGCCUGCUUUCAAUAGCCAGUGAGGGACUACAAUAUUUAAAGGGACUAAAAAUUUAAAUAUAUGGAAGUGACAUAAUUAUCACGUUUUUUUACCUCAAAAAUCCGUCCUUAAGAUCUGAGUGUAACAAGUGUACUUAAUAAUUAACUUGUUUAGAUUAAAAUGAGAAUAGGAUAGUCGUAUAAUCAUUUGUAAAACUUUAAAAAUAUUACAAAUAUUUCUAUUUUCAUUUUAGUCCCCACUUUUAAGAUAUUAUCAAAUGAUAUUACUAGACUAUAAAUUUAUAUACUUAUACAUUUGGGAUCUAUAUAGUGUAUAGUAUACCAUAAAUAGUAUAUAAAACAAGAUGUAUUCAUUUUGAAUUCAUGGUUUUUUAUGUUUAUGCAUGAGCGAAUAAUAUUUGUUCUGAACACAUCUAUUGUUUGCUAAAAUAAUAAGAAUACUUAUUUUUGUAUAGCAACAAUAGUGUACAUUACAAAUAUUAUAUUUAUAUCGACAUUAGUAACGUACCUAAAUAACCAAUAAAAUUAUUGCAACAUUCCAGUAAAUAAAUAGCUAGUAAGUAGAAAUUAAAAAUUGUUUAUGGAAUUCAUAUAGGCACAUAUUUUUAUGAAUAGUAUUGUUAUUUUUCUAAACAGAUUCAAUUAUUCCUUCUAAUUACAUUUGAUAUUUUACCGUUAAUUAUUCUAGUGUCUUCCUUCGUCUUUGGAAAAGGUGCUAUAUCUAGUUAAAUCGUGACUAGGGGCUUGUUUGAAAUAAGAUUUGAAUCCAAUUAGAAAUACUUGGGAAUUAUAAAAUACUUUUUAAUUAUUUAUUUUUAUCUGUGUACAUGUGUUUAUUUAAGAAAAGUUUUAUAAUUCCAUGAAAGAGUAACCUGACUGAUACUUAACUAAUUUACUUUAAAAAUUUUAAUGCUCACUUUACACAGUAUAUCUUUUUACUGCAGUUGUUGAUAAUCAUUUUUUUACUACUAUAGUGUGCCCCUGGUCUAAUUAUUAUAAACUUAAAUACGUAUAUAUUUCUAUAGUUAAGGUUGAAUGAAAUUAUCCAAAGCCCGGAACGGUCGGAGUCACGGUUAUUUUAUUAUAAAUGAGUUAUUUCGUUGUCAUGUAAAAUAUUUAAUAUAACGAUGUAUGAAUAUAAUGUAGAUACCAAUAAAAAAUUAUUUUCACAA